AUCCCCAGCUGGAUCUGUCGCCGCGCGAUUUCACCGCCACGAGGACCACGGCCGUGCACGACAUCCACUGCGUCGGCAGUGGACAAGAGAUUCCGCGGUGGAGAUCCAGAAGGGAGACCAGGUGGAAAGUUUGGACUGAGUCGAGACACGUCAAGGAGGUAUACGUUUUUUUUUAUCUUUCGGAUCUUGCUUUGUAUCUUCCAGUCAGCUAGAACGGAUUUCUCGGAUGUUUGGGUAAUUUCGGCUCGUAAAUUGGAUCGUGAGAGUUUAUCUCUGUGGAUGCAUCGUUAUUUACACGAUGGUGAACCACGUGUUCUUUGAAUAGAGAUUUCUCAUAUGUAUGCAGUCAGUUAGUACUUUUAAUUAUUAUUGAAGAAAUGGUUACAGUUUCUAACAUGAUGGCGACCACAUGCUCUUUAAAUAGAGAUUUCUUAUAUGUGUAUAGUGAUGUGUAUGGUUUCUCAUAUGUAUGUAAUAUACCUUUGAUUGUGUAUUAAGAAUUGGUUACGAUUUUUAACAUGAUCGUGAACGACAUGCUCUUUGAAUAGAGAUUUCUAUACGUACUUUUCGAUAGCGUACUUUUGAUUGUGUAUUAAGAAAUUACAAUUUAAGGUGCAGACAAUUACAAUUUAAAAAGUUGAAUGAUUCCAUCAUGUUUUUGGUUGAUUAAUUAGACAAAGUUUAAGAGUAUAUUUUAUAAACUUUUCUUGUCUCCUUCUCUCGUUACAAGUAAUAUAUAAUAUUUCUGCUUUAUUUCUUUAUAGUAUUAUAACAUUUAUUAUAUGAGUAAAGUUUUAUUCAUAGUAUCUCUUGUUAUUCGACUUUCUCCAGAGUUCAAGGAUAAUGGUUGUUCAACAGUUCAAUGAGAGUUUGAUACUCAUACAUAGUCUAACGUUUUUCUGGCGUCUUUGACGUUACGAAAAAUUCCGAAUUUUUUGCAGAAAGAUUUGCAGAGUUAUAUAAAACAUGUAUGAAAAUCAUGUUUUAUGUGAAAGAAGACUUUGUCAUUAGGUAUUUAAUUGAAAAUCUCGAAAAGGUUGAUAUAAGAUUAUAAUUAAAUCAACUCGUUAAUAAAAGAUUUCAUUCAUAUCAUAGCAAAUAGAAUUGUAAUUAAUUUAUGAAGACCAUUUAUAAACCUUAUCGAUUGGCUUUUGAUUCAUCCUUCCAAUUGAAAUAGAUACCUACUUAUCAUUUGUUCGUUACAUCUUAAUUUGUACGUUUUAUUAUUAUCCUUUUGCCAUUAUCAGUUUCCAAAGCUAACAGGGCGUACGAGCACUGUAGUACACUUGAAAAAUUUUCCAAAGUUCAAACAGCUGUGCAAAAUAAAGAUUAA